AUGGCUUCUGCUACACCUGCAACUCCAACUACAAAAGAAACAACUAAUUAUGCCAGGUUAUGCUGUGUUCUUGUCGAUUUGGGAACUUGUGCCCUCAGGGAUUGCUUUGAUGCCAUCUGCACACCACCAACUCUUCACACGAUCUUGGCAGCCAGUCAUCCUUCAUUAAAGUCUUUGAGAUCGAGAAGAAUCAUCAAUGCGACUCAAUGGGGAAAACUUUUCCCAGCCAUUUCUACUUUAGUCUCGUCAAAACAUUUUGACAUCACUCUACUGAUGACUUUACUACGCAACAUCUGCGGUCUGGCUCCUCCGGUAACCGGAUGGGACGUGCUCCCCGCUACCACAGACCUGAGCCGUGAGGCGGACAUUGCACGACUCAAAUACUUCAGGAAUACAGUGUACGCUCAUGCUGAGCACGCUUCUAUUGAUGACGCGACGUUUAACACACACUGGAAGGAAAUCCGAGACACUCUAGUACGGCUAGGGGGAGCUACAUACAAGGUAAGAUAGAUUCAAAAUAUCAAUAUUCUGUCGGUCUUUUCCUUAUGUACCACGCUUCCUCCUAAUGCUUUCUUCUAAUUUUUAUGUUUGUUUUUGCAGCUGUGAUGUUGUUUUUGUUUUUUAUGCACAAGUAUUAUUAAUUAUUAUUUUUCAUAAAUGCAGUGAUAUAUAUGUUCUCCGUUCUAUUUUAAGGUCGCUAUUGACAACUUGGAAUUUUGCUGCAUGGAUCCUGAUAUGGAGCACCAUUACAAAGACCUCCUUCAUCAGUGGAAAAAUGAUGAAGAUAACAUAAAACAUGAAUUGAAAGAACUUGGCACCAACGUAGAAGAAAUUGGAACUAACAUAAAAGAAUUUGGCGUAGACAUAAAAGAAGUUGGCAGCGAAGUAAAAGAGAUUGGUACUAACAUCAAAGAAUGUGACACAAGCAUAAAAGAAGUUAGCAACGAUGUAAAAGAAAUUGGUUCCGAAGUAAAAAACCUCACAAAGAAGCUUGAUGACUUUGUAGCGUCAACCAUGAUUCCAGCCAGUAGUGAAGGUACGUAAAUAAGGCUUUUUGUUCUUAAAAGGUCUAGAAGCUAAAACUCCAACACCAAGAAAACCGUGAAAUCAACCAUCAGAAGCUUACAAAUGAAAAAUGUCUAAGAUAUAAAAUUGAUUUGUUUCAAAAUAAUGAAAAAACGUCUAGGUCUAAGUUUCUGAUUUUCCUUUUAACUUGCCAAUUGUUUACACUAAAUAGUUUAAACUACGUUUCCCAGAGGUGGUAGUGUUGAAACGUGGAAUAAUGUAGUCGCCAGAAUUUCUGAGUCUGAGUCUAUAUAUAUGAUAUAGUGGACGGCACAGGUUGCACUUAACUUUCGAUUUCAGCAUAGUUAUAGCUAUAUAUGGCUCCAAGUUUGAUCGAGGUAUAGUUUCACAACUGCGACAAUCACGGUAAAAGUUGUUAGACUUUUGUACACCCAAGUAAGGCUCCGUGAACUGCUUUACUUGGUUGCUUAGCAACUGUUCAGAAACGUUGUUUGCUGCGGUAAUAAUUUUAAUAUGUGUGUCGUUUUUAACUUCUUUCCUGUGGUUAUCCUUCUUCUGAAUGGCCACCCAUAGUCCCUUUUUCAUUUUUCGGCCCAGUUGCUGGCAUGGUCUGUAUGGACAAGUUGAAAAUGUUCGUUGGCGACAGUGCCAAGACCUUACUUGCCAGCUUUAGCACUCUAGGUGGAAUUUCGUCAUAACCUGUGUUUUGAGUUGGAUUUUUAAGUUUAAAGAAACUUGCUUCUCUUUGAUGUUGACAUUGGGAACCUGAACGUGAUAUGAGACAACUCACGAUCGACGGUGAAACAAACUUGUCUCGCCCCAUAUAAUGAAAUGCAAGACAGUCUCGGAUUCUGGAUUCCUUGAGUUGUACUCCGGAUUCCACGAGCAAAAUUCCCCCGGAUUCCGGAAUCUGAUUUCCCUUACCUGGUUCCACUUGUCGGUCAGCAAUACCCUUACGGGCUAACUCUGAUAUCUUAUUUUUCCGUUUUUUUUAAGGUCUUGACAGCGUUUUGGUAAAAGACGGUAUAAAAAUUUUCGAGGAUGCAUACUCCUCCAAAAUAUAACAAACGUCUCAGACUUGUAGUUUACUUUCCGUUUCAGUUGUCGUAUGAUUAACUUCCAGCAGAAACUCAUAAGGGGUUGAAUUAACCCCUUAUGAGUUUCUGCCUCCAGUCAAUAUAUUGAAUUUCUUUUUUUUUUCUUAAGGUAACAACCAAAAAUCGAAAAGGAUAGUGGACACUUCGUCGGUGUGCAGAGAAAAAUAUCACGAGAAUGAACUUUUGACGUUAUACUGUAAAAAAUGCAAAGUAUGUAUUUGCGACAAGUGUAGACAAACUCGCCACAAUCAUCACACCACUGUGGAUAUCUACCAAGCUGCAGAACAGCACAAAGUCGAUAUCGAGGAUAUUUUGCAAGAUAUGAAGAGAGAACUUGAUAAUUACAAGGAGCGUGCAGAAAAAACAAAGGAAUCCUUGAAAGAGAGUAGAGAGAGGACAGCUACGGCACGAAAUAAAGUAAUGACUUCUGUUGGAGAACUCAUCCGACUUUUAGAAGAACAUGAGACAGCUAUGAUAACCAGAUUAGAUGUAUUUGAAGAAAAAGAACAAAGAGAGCACGCAGCACAACUGGAACAUUUCCAAAUUUCUAUGAAUCAGUUGCAAAAACAGGUCGAGUGGUGCGAAGGCAUCUUACUGAGAAGGAAAAGCGUCGAAAUUUUGCAAGUGCAUCAUGUUCUUAUUGCACGGUGCAGAGGUCUUUUAAAUGCAGAGAAACUAUACAUUUAUAAGCCAUCGCAUGUCAGAUACCAGAUAAAUGAAGAGCAUGUAAAAAAUGUGAGAAGCGCAGUUACUGCUGUCGGUCGAGUUGUAGUAAGUAACACAAAUCCUGAGCAGUCGAUGAUUGAAGGAACAGGGCUGAAAAAUGGGAACUUGGGAAACGAAGCAACAGUUAAGAUUACGACAAAAGAUUUUGAUGGAAACUGGUGCUAUGACGAUAUGGAUCAGAUUCAUGUACAAGUACAAUCUUCAUCAGGAAAGGAAUUGAAUCAUUUCAUCGCCCGGGGAGUGGAUGGUGUAUUUCAUGUCACUUACACACCAGUUUGUGUUGGACAACACGACGUACUGAUUGGGGUAAACGGUGAGCUCCUACCCGGUAAUCCAUGGCGUGUUCAUGUCACUGCACAUCAUUACAAGUAUCAUUUUUCUUUUGGUUCAAUUGGGGAAAGACGAGGACAGCCUGUACUUUAUUGGCCCAUUUGUAUUGCAAUAGAUGACAAUUCAAAGAACGUUGCGGUGGCCGAUUUGAUGAAUGGGGUACAGCUAUUUAGUUCAGAAGGAAAGUAUAUGGGAGAUAUUAGCACCAACCAACUUAAUAAACCCACAUCGGUAGCAUUCAGCAAGUCAAGUGAAUUAAUAGUUACUGCGUCUGAUAAAAUUUUUUGUUUCGAUAAAAGCUAUAAAUUUGUAAAACUUGUCGCCAACAAACUCAUUAAGACACCACACUGCCUGACAAUUGCAGGCGAUGGGCGUAUGAUGGUGUGUGACUGGUAUGACGAUACAGUCAAGGUACUGUCCUCUGACGGCACACAGCUUUUACUCACAAUCACUGAUCCUGACCGUGAAACUCCGUGCUAUGCUGUGUGUUGCCAAAAUAAGUUUUUUGUUUCGUAUCAUGAGGCAGGUAAUGUUAAAGUUUUCAGCAAGGAUCGUGAGUUUCCAAGCAGUGUCGGCACUCCAGACCCUGGUGAAAGACAGCUGAAGUGUCCUGUUGGCCUUGCAAUUGACAAGUUCAAUAACCUAGUGGUGUGUGAUCGUGAUACAGCAAGGCUUAUGAUUUUUACUCUUGAAGGACAGUUUGUCAAUUCAAUUGACACUGGGCUUACUGGUCCUUGUUCUGUAGCCGUUUCAAACAAUGGUCAGCUAUUUGUUACUGAUUUAGAAAACAGCUGUGUGCAUGUUUUCCAGUGA